AUGAUUCAAGAUUACAAACAAGCAAUUGAGCGUAUUAAAGAUGCCGCUGAGCAAGAAUUCUCUGAAAAAUCAAAACGAACUCUGGAAGAAGGUCUGAACAAAAUAAAGGAAGCAUUGAAGGACGUUGAACAAGUGAUACAACAAGCUAAUAGUGAAAUAACAGCUAAGAUGACUGACGCCACUAGCCAAAUUGAACAGAAAAAGGGGGAGAGUGUUCAGAUACUAUAUGACAGGGCAGAAUAUUGUAAACAAAAAAUCGGAGCUGAGACGGAGACAUUGACAAAAAGCAGUGUUAAACUUAUAAAAGACGAAACUAAAGAUAGCGUAGAGCGCAUUCAACGUAAGAUGACUGAAGCCACUAGCCAAAUUGAAGAGAAAAAGGGGGAGAGUGUUCAGACACUAUAUGGCAGGGCAGAAUAUUGUAAACAACAAAUCAGAGAUGUGACGGAGGCAUUGACAAACAGCAGUGUUCAACUUAUAAAAGACCUAACGAAUGAUAGCAUAGAGUGCAUCCAACAAACAGUUAAUGACAAGGCAAAAGACGACUACAAAGACAAUGCAGAACGUGAGUAA